AUGAGCGGCCAGCUGCGAAGCAAGAACGGCUGCUGGACCUGUAGACUGCGCCGGAAAAAGUGCGAUGAGGCCCGUCCCCAAUGUGAUACCUGCGUAUCGCUUUCCAUUCCCUGCUAUGGCUACGGGCCCAAGCCCGACUGGAUGGGGAGCGGCGAGGAGAAAGACGUCGUCAGUGGCCUCAAGAAGAUCGUGAAGCGCACGUGGAGGAAUAAAUCGGCGGCGAAGCCUGUCCAGCGCGAUCGGAAGCCUUUUAUUGCGCCUGCGCCUAAAGCUGUGGAGGCUUCUGCUGGUAACUCUCCGUCCGGGGUGUCGGAUCCUGAUGCUGCGACGGGCCGUGGGAAUGGUGUCGUGAACUCGUCGGACCGUGCCUCCUUCGAUACACCAAGUACCAAGAAUCUGGGCUCGAGUCUAUGGCCCUCAGCGCUUAUCACCACCGAGCAGGAGAAGCAACUCGAAGUAUCUCUUAUUGAACUUCAAAAUACUAUGAGAUCGGUUGGACAAUUCGUCAGUGCAACCUGUCCCCGCGAAGGUCUUGGAAUUCUUGCUUCUAUAAUACAACUCGUCUUCUUCGAGCUUUUUGCAAGAGAGGGCACUGCAUGGCGGGUACAUCUCAAAGCCUCCACAGACAUGUACCACCGCAUCCUCGAGGACAGACUUACUCACCUCGGCCUCACCGAAGCCGCCCAAGUCAUCAUCAACGACGGACUCUCCGGAUACGAGGAUGGUCCAGUAAUCCGAGACGAGGUGAUCGCAUUCCGAUUCUUCAGCGGAACAGUCUUCUGGCUAGACAUCGUAUCCUCAAUGACAGCCGGAACCGCCCCCAAGCUCCUCGCCCAUCACUCGCUAAUCGAAAACUCGAUCAAUAUCGAUCUGUGGCGCAUAGUUGGCUGUAAAAACUGGGUCAUGGUCAAGCUCGGCUUGAUAGCCAGUCUUCAGGAACGUAAAAUUCAGAGCCAGCAACGAGAUAUCGAGGGCCACAUGGCGCAAGAUCAGAUGGAAGGACUUACUUUCAGUGCCGAGACGUAUACAUCCCUGGACCCCAUGCUCCCUCGGUCGGUUGUGACUCGUGCUUACGGCUAUAUGGCGCUUGUCUACUUGCAUCUGGUGGGACACGGGUUUGAAGAUCUGGAUGUGGUUGACUCGACCUUCAAUGAAGCUAUUCGGUUGCUUCAGACGAACAUGACGGCGCAGAUUCUUCCGGCACUUGUCUGUCCACUUUUUGUGAUUGCUUGUGUCUCGUGCGAAUCGCACCAGCAGUAUUUCAGGAUGCAUUCUCACGUCUAA